CCCGCCAUCUCGAAUCUCAAAGCCAGCUACAAAACUGCUUCUUCUGCUCUGUAACGCUGGACGAUACGUCUUUGUGGACUAAUAUUUGUUUGUGUUUCUCGUCUUAUCUUUCUCUUCAAUAAGACGGUAUUGCCGUCUAUAAAUAACCGUGUGCCAGGAUGGUGAACAUUACGGAAAAGAUCAAGGAGAUCGAGGAUGAGAUGAGAAAAACACAGAAAAACAAGGCCACUGAAUACCACUUGGGUCUAUUAAAAGGAAAACUCGCACGACUCCGCGCGCAGCUUCUAGAGCCGGGCCCCGGAGCAGGUGGCGGUGGUGGUUCCGGCUUCGACGUCAGCAAGAGCGGUGAUGCCAGAAUAUCUCUAGUGGGCUUUCCAUCAGUAGGAAAGUCUACAUUUCUAUCCAAAGUCACAAAGACCAAGUCCGAAGUAGCGUCAUAUGCAUUCACAACCCUCACGGCCAUUCCCGGAGUGCUGGAAUAUGGCGGUGCCGAAAUCCAGCUGCUCGAUCUACCGGGUAUCAUUGAAGGUGCUUCCGAGGGCAAGGGGCGAGGUCGGCAGGUUAUAUCAGCAGCCAAGACGAGCGACCUGAUCCUCAUGGUCUUGGAUGCGACGAAGCGAGCCGAGCAAAGAGCGCUGCUAGAGGCGGAACUCGAGUCUGUCGGCAUCAGACUGAACUGCGAGCCCCCAAAUAUCUACCUCAAGGUCAAGAAGGCUGGCGGCAUGAAAAUCACCUUCCAGUCUCCACCCAACAAGAUAGACGAGAAGAUGAUUUAUAACAUCCUCCGCGACUACAAGAUCCUCAACUGCGAGGUGCUUAUCCGAGAUGAAAACGUCACUGUCGACGACCUCAUCGAUGUCAUCAUGAAAGACCACCGCAAGUACAUCCGAUGCCUGUACGUCUACAACAAGAUUGAUAGCGUCUCUCUCGACUUUUUGGACAAGCUCGCCAGAGAAGACCACACCGUCGUCAUGAGCUGCGAGCUCGACCUGGGUAUCCAAGACGUGGUUGACAGAUGCUGGAAAGAGCUCAAGCUCAUCCGCAUUUACACCAAGAGGCAAGGAGCCGACCCAGACUUUAGCGAGGCGCUGAUUGUGCGGAGUAACAGCACCAUUGAAGACGUGUGCGACAGGAUACACCGCACUCUCAAGGACACGUUCAAGUAUGCGCUUGUUUGGGGCGCCAGCGCAAAGCACAUUCCUCAGAGGGUAGGAUUAGGGCAUCCAGUCGCAGAUGAAGAUGUUGUGUAUAUUAAUACUGCAUGGAAGGCGUAGAGUAGAUAGUGCAGAGCAGAAAGCAAGUUAAAAAAAAAAGAAGACUCAUCAUUAUUACUAACAAAUAUCGUAUCCAUUCGUAUUGAGAGCACUUGUACAGAAGCAGCUCAUCUGCUCCCGCCAACUAUGCUUCUGUCAUGACAUUAAAAGGAAUAAAAGAGAGAAAGAGAGACAUCAAAAUUCGUAUCAACCCUUUCCGGCAUCACCAUGAAGAAUAUGGUGCGCACGUCAUCCGGAAAACGCCUGUCCCUUAAACCAGUAGUAGUACCUCCAAAUCUUGUCCGAGGC